AUGGCGGCCCGAAAACUACAACAAGAGGUCGACAAGUGCUUCAAAAAGGUGGCCGAAGGUGUUGCCGAGUUCGAGUCCAUCUACGACAAGAUUGAGCUGUCGAAUAAUCCGGCACAAAAGGAGAAACUCGAGGACAACUUGAAGCGUGAAAUCAAGAAGCUACAGCGACUUCGCGAUCAAAUCAAGACAUGGGCUGCCAGCAAUGACAUCAAGGACAAGGCGCCGUUGCUAGAUCACCGCAAACUGAUAGAAACCCAAAUGGAAAAGUUCAAGGCGGUAGAAAAGGCAAUGAAGACGAAAGCCUAUUCCAAAGAAGGGUUAUCAGCGGCAGCAAAACUGGAUCCCAAGGAACAAGCCAAGGUUGAGGCAGGCGAGUUUCUGAGUAGCAUGGUCGACGAGUUGGAACAGCAAAUCGAGACGUUAGAGGCCGAGAGCGAGCAAAUACAAGCGACCAUGAAGAAGGGCAAAAAUCAGGGUGCCAAGGCGGAUCGCAUCGCCGAAAUUGAGCGUGUAAUAGAACGGCACAAGUGGCAUCAGGGCAAACUGGAACUCAUCAGGCGCUCACUGGAGAAUGGCGGCGUCGAGACGGAGCAAGUAAACGAUCUUGAGGAGAGCAUUCGCUAUUACGUGUCUGAUGGCAUGAACGAGGACUUCAUGGAAGACGAUGAGAUGUACGACGAGCUGAACCUGGAAGACGACGAAGGAGUCUUUGGCAUGGGCGCAGACGGCGAAAGAGGGUCAUCGCAAGACAACCAAUCCGUACAAGACGAUCCUGAACCGAUACCCGAAACCGCGCUGAAACCUGUUCGAAAAGCAGCAAAAGAAAACGAAUCCUCGUCAUCGCGUAAAGGCUCUGCUCAAACGAAGUCACCCUUACCGGCGCUUGCUACUUUACAUACGCCUUUAUCAACCAUCAGUAAUGGUUCGACUGCUAGCAUGAAGCCCGCCACAAUACCUACAAGAGCGCCUGGCGAAACAUUGAAGUACGCCUCUGCCGCCGCGGCCGCCGCGGCAAGUGACAGGGCCAACGUAGGUAUAUCGCCACUACCUCCUCCGCCUGGCAGCGCUGGCAUCUCUUCGCUUCCCUCGGGGCCGUCGACAUCCAACUCGCCCGCUGUAACCGCGGCCCAACCCGCGCAGCAGACGCCGAUACAAGCACCAGCCAGUGUUGCAACUCCGGCCCCCGAAGAGCCCUCCCCGGAGCCCGCUCCUGCGCCGUCUGCGCCUACGACAAGUCGAGCAGCCAAGAAGUCGAAGGCUGCAGGCAAGCAGCCGGCUGUUGCUACCGAACCCAAGGAGACGCCUGCAACGAACGGCACGACAUCGAAUGGGGUCAAGUCCAAGACGCUAGCCCACGUCCCUGAAGAAGAGAGCAUAUAUCACCUGCCCGCUGCUCUGCAGGAUCUGGUUGAGUCGUACGAGAUGGCCAAGAAACACCCACCGUCGCAGUCGGCGCCGUCAACGCUGCGUCUUAUGGAUGCAAGCCAGGCCAAUUGCCCGGACCAGCUCGACUCUGAUGCGCCGCGCAGCUACCGACCGGAGAACCCCGUGCCGCAGGGUAUGUCGAGCUUUCCGCGCACGCCGCUUCCAAUCUUUGAGGACCCGCGACUGUAUCAGCGCAUCGAUCCUGAUACGCUAUUCUACGUGUUUUACUAUAAGCAAGGCACCGCGCAGCAAUACCUUGCCGCCAAAGCACUUAAGGACCAAAGCUGGCGGUUCCACAAGCAGUAUCAAACGUGGUUUCAGCGGCAUGAAGAGCCCAAGAGUAUUACGGAAGAGUAUGAACAAGGGACAUAUCGUUUUUUUGAUUAUGAGAGCACUUGGAUGAAUCGACGUAAGGCCGACUUCAAAUUUGCUUACAAGUUCCUCGAAGACGAGGUGUAG